GGCAGCGCCUGGAGCACCCCGUGAGAGCCCCGAACCCGCCGGUUUGGGCCGUACAAAAGCGGUUAAAAAUAAAUCCUAAAAGGAAGGCGUGAGGGUUCCUAAAAAUAAAAAUGACGAAUCCUAAAAUAAAAAUUCCUAAGGGAAAAUCUUGUCGGCACCUCAGUCCCUGUCCCGAGCCGCUGGCCUUCCGCUGCGUGCGUCUGCACCGAGCCUGCUGCGGAGCAGCGCUGUGCCUCGUGCUGCGGGCUCUGCUGUCCCCGUCCCGGGGCGGCAGCGUUCCUGAGUGGACUCGGGGCUCACUGAGGAGCGUAGCGAGAGCUGGGCCUUCCCUGCCCACAGCCAGCCCCUUGCGACCGUAAAUGUGUGCCCAGCAGGGCCUGUGCCCGUCAAUUCCCAGUGUCACACUGUGUCACAUUGGCGCGGCAAGAGCCCACCGGCUUCUGCAGGCUGCCCGCUGCGAUCAGCCCCGCUCACAGCCUCACACAGACCCCGAAGCCUCAGCGCUGCCCUGUGCCUCUGACCGCAGUGCCUCCCAGUUCUGUCUGUGCAGGCCAGAAGUGCCGUGCGUGUCCCGCUCGUGUCCCUGCCGCUGCCGGCCCCGUCGCACGGCUGCAUUUGGACAGCGCUCGCCACCCGCCGGCCUGGGGACGAUGGGGAAGGGCUACAAGGUGGUGGUCUGCGGAAUGGCGUCUGUGGGGAAAACUGCGAUUUUGGAGCAGCUUCUCUAUGGAAAGCACACUGUCGAACUGUUCCUAUGGCUCCUGCUUCUGCAGUACAAUCCAGCCCAGCAUGAAGCUGAGAAGCAGGCUCAAGAUGUCAGUACUUGCCUCUCUGGUGUUCCUUGGCUCUUUUUCCCUAAGGGUUUAGAAGAGGGUGCCACAAUGGAAGAUGUGUACUUGGCAUCGGUGGAGACGGACCGAGGGGUGAAGGAGCAGCUGCGGCUGUAUGACACCAGGGGUCUGCAGGAGGGCGUAGAGCUGCCCAAGCACUACUUCUCUGUUGCUGAUGGCUUCAUCCUCGUGUAUGCCAUCACCAGCCUCGAAGCCUUCCAGAGAGUUGAACAGCUCAAAAAAGAGAUUGAUAUCUUCAGAGACAAAAAGGAGGUAACAGUUAUCAUACUGGGAAAUAAAACGGACCUCCUGGAGCAACGACAAGUGGAAACAGAAGCAGCGCAGCAAUGGGCAAGGGCUGAGAAAGUGAGACUGUGGGAAGUGACUGUGACAGAUCGGAAAACACUGCUUGAGCCAUUCACUUUCCUAGCGAGCAAACUCUCCCAGUCCCAGAACAAAUCAACAUUUCCCUUGCCUGGAAGGAAGAGCAAAGGGAAUAACUGCGAUAACUAAGCUCCCUUUAAUGCUGUCUGCCGUAGCCAGGUGCAGCCUAAAUCCUUUCUAUGCCUUUUGCUUCACGCGGUUUCACUUAAAGCAAUAAUCUCAUUCAGCAAUAAAUCAGCAAGCUUAUGGCUAA